AUUGCACUCUAUUCCUGAGCUCGAGGGAAACUCUUAUAAAUAGAGAAUCCUCCCUCUCAAGUUUCCCAUCUCUCUGAGUCUCUCCAGCGACAGUGAGAAAUAUCAAAAAAUGGUGCUAUCAAACACUCUUCUCCAUCCACCACACCAUUCCUUCCUCCUCAGAAACAGCUGGAAUCCGACGCAUUAUAAUGUCAAAUUCCGGAGACAAUCAGUCCCGGCCACGGCGGAGUUACAUCAAUCGAGUCCAUCAUUGCCAGGUCAGUAUUUAACAUUGCCACCGGAGAAGGAGGCGAUCAUAAAGUCGCUUAACGGGUGGGUGGAGGAAACUAUCCUUCCGCUACUAAAACCGGUGGAGAAAAGUUGGCAGCCGCAGGAUUUCUUGCCCAACUCCUCCUUAUCGUCCGAUUCAUUCCUCGAGCAGGUGAGGGAGCUACGUCAUCGAACAUCAGAAUUGCCCGACGAUUAUUUGGUUGUGUUGGUGGGUGACACUGUCACUGAAGAGGCAGUUACCACGUACCAGUCUUUCUUUAACCGGCAUGAUGCGGUUAAGGACGAGACCGGAGCGAGUCCUGACCCUUGGGCUGUCUGGAACCGUGGUUGGACAGCCGAAGAAAACCGGCAUGGCAAUCUGCUCAGAUCAUACCUUUAUCUUUCCGGUCGUGUCGAUAUGCGUAAGAUCGAUCAUACCGUUCAGUACCUUAUUGCCAAUGGCAUGGACAUAAGAUCAGGGAACAAUCCGUACUUGGGAUUUGUCUACGUGGCCUUCCAAGAGCGGGCAACGUACAUAUCGCAUGGCAACACAGCACGGUUGGCGAAGGAGCAUGGAGACCCUGUGUUGGCACGCAUCUGCGGUACUAUCGCAUCGGACGAGAAGCGGCAUGAGAACGCGUACGUAAAGAUGAUAGAGAAGCUAAUAGAAGUGGACCCCUCUGACACCGUUGUGGGUAUCGCUGAGAUGAUGCGGAACAAGAUCAUCAUGCCAGCACAUUUGAUGUACGAUGGCCAAGACCCGUGUCUAUUUGAUCACUUCGGUGCCGUUGCACAGAAGAUUGGUGUAUACACAGUCUCGGACUAUGCAGACAUAAUAGAUUUUCUGAUUGGGCGGUGGAAGCUAGAGAAACUAGAAGGCCUCAACAGCGAAGCUUGCGAAGCUCAAGAUUUCCUCUGUGGGUUGGCACCAAAGGUCCGAAGGCUACACGAAAUAGCUGAAAAGCGGUCUCGUAAAAUGGGCCCACAGACCUUGGCCUUCAGUUGGAUCUUCAACAAGGAAGUUACUAUUUAGAGUUCUAGACUACUUAUCUUUUAUAUUAAAUAAAUAAACUAAUUGUAAUAGGCUCUGUUUGGACUUUGGUGUGAUGUUUUCUAGUGUUUUGGGUCAGGACUCAAAAGAGUGGGGUAAGGUGAGAAGUCCCACCAUUAUAUAUGUUUCCAUUUGGUUUGUUUCAGUAAUAAAAUUUUACC